CGCGACAUACAUAAAAUCAUUUUGUGGAAAAAUUUGAAGUUUGUUGUUAUUAGUGACAACCUAUAAUUUAUAAUUAUUUAUGAAAGCUCCUUGCUAAUUACCAUUCCAAGCGUGAGGCUGGAUAAUUCUGUGUGAUUCGCCCUGGAUGCGUUCAGUCACAAUUAUUCAGUACGAACGAGCGGUGUACGGUAGCCAUGGUAGCCAUCUUGGAAUCGAACAAAGCUUCAGAUGUGUAGUUUGUCUGUUUAUCAAUAAUUUUUGUGCAUUUUAUUGUAAAUAGUUUGUAUGUUUAGGAUAUGUACGGAACGUUCGUCCAUAUGUGUAAAUAGCUAUGGCAGCGACAAGGAAAUUACAAGGUGAAAUAGACAGGUGUUUAAAAAAAGUAACGGAAGGGGUAGAGACGUUUGAGGACAUCUGGCAGAAGGUUCACAAUGCUACGAAUAGUAAUCAGAAAGAGAAGUAUGAGGCGGAUCUCAAGAAAGAGAUUAAGAAGCUUCAGAGGCUACGGGAUCAGAUCAAAUCGUGGAUCGCCUCCGGGGAGAUUAAGGAUAAGAGUACACUUUUAGAAUAUAGGAAACUAAUAGAAACGCAAAUGGAGAGAUUUAAAGUAGUUGAACGAGAGACAAAAACAAAGGCAUACUCUAAAGAAGGGUUAGGGGCGGCACAAAAGCUAGACCCUGCUCAAAAAGAAAGAGAGGAAAUGUCUGCGUGGCUGGUCUCGUCUAUCGAUGCACUUAAUUUACAGGUUGAUCAAUUUGAGUCUGAAAUAGAGUCAAUGGUAGUUGGUAAGAAAAAACGACUGGAUAAGGAAAAGCAAGAUCGUAUGGAGGAGCUGAAACUCAAGCUCGAAAAGCACAGGUUUCACAUAAAGAAGCUGGAGACCUUGCUCCGAAUGCUUGACAACAUGUCUGUAGAAGUCGAACAGGUCUGUCCUAGAAACGAUUCCUAUAUACAACAAAUACGAAGGAUAAAAGAGGAUGUCGAAUAUUAUAUAGACUCGUCUCUAGAGCCAGGCUUCGAGGAGAAUGAGUACAUAUACGAUGAUAUUCGAGGGUUAGACGAGAUUGAACUGAGCGGCGUGGGCUUGCCUUCGUCUGCUACCACGGAUAGUAAUAAUAGUAACGAUUCGGGAGGAUCGCCCACUAGUAUGCUAUCAGGUACAACAAGUCCAAUCACGUCGCCAGCGCUAGAAGUCCACAAUCACUCAACAGACUCCAUAGACGUAGAAAAGAAAAAGAAAGAGGAAGUCAUUGCGAAACCGGUUAAGCCGAUGGCGCUUCGGGCCGCCACGGCGGUGGUCGGCAAUAGCUCGCCUAACGUUAGUUCCUUGCUCAAUAACUCCGCAGCAUCGACCAAUAGCAUAAGCAACUCGGGGCUUUCGGGCGCGUCGACGCCCAGCAAGCAGCCGCCACCCAGCCCGCCGCACGCGCCGCAUGUCCGGCAGCCUAACAACACUGAAACCUACAAUCCGGUCGAGUCAACUGCGCACCUCGCCGGAAUGCGACUCUCCCUCGCACUCUCCCGCACGUCUCCCCGCGUUCGUACCAGUGUCGAUGUGACGUCACGGCCCCCAGAAGUAGUGGAGAAUGGUCCCGUGUCGAGUGCGCCUGCGCACACGCCGCACUUACCGCCGCCUGUUCAACCUGUGCCGACGUCAAAGAGUUCAGCGGUGACGUUGAUUCCCAACUCGACGCCGACCAGCGCGGCGCCCGCCCUGCCGCCCGCGCCCGCGCCCGCGCCGCCCUCGCCGGCGCCGUUAGCUCUCAAUGGACCCACGUUACACCACCACGCACUUAACAAUGGGCGAGUGAGCGAAGCGUCGACGGCGAGCGCGGCGUCGAGCACGGCGCGCGCGGCCGACGCGGGCGGCACCGCCUCGCUCAAGAGCAUGGCGCAGGAAGCCGUCCAGCGGGCGGGGCUCGACGCGCCGCACCAGAACGUGCGGAGAGGCGUGUCUGUUGCGCAGGCGCACAUUCCGCCGUUAUUAGGCGUCGCGCCACUAGGGCCGUUACCACUUACUUCUGAGCACCAGCUACAGUUCCAGAUGAUGGAGUCGUCGUUCUACCACAUGCCGCACCCGUCGGACUCGGAGCGGGCGCGCGCGUAUCUACCGCGCAACAUCUGCCAGACGCCCAUCUACUACAACCAGGUGCUCCUGCCGCACUCGGAGUCGGUGGAAUUCUUCCAGCGGCUGUCGACAGAGACGCUGUUCUUCGUGUUCUACUACAUGGAAGGCACCAAGGCGCAGUACCUCGCCGCCAAGGCGCUCAAGAAGCAAAGCUGGCGCUUCCACACCAAGUACAUGAUGUGGUUCCAGCGCCACGAGGAGCCCAAGGUCAUCAACGAGGAGUACGAGCAGGGCACAUAUAUCUACUUUGACUACGAAAAGUGGGGCCAGAGAAAGAAGGAGGGCUUCACGUUCGAGUAUAAGUACUUAGAGGACCGCGACUUGAACUGAGCGCGCGGCGCGCCGGGGGCCACGCGCCGCCCGCCCCGGGGGCCACGCCUCGCGGGGUCUCGCGCCCCGGGGGCCACGCCCGCCCGAGCGCGGGGGCCCCGCCGCCGCGACGCUGCCUCCAUUCCGUUGUACGACAGUAUUUUUGUAACGAUGUGAACGAUGUCUCUGUGGUGACUCAGUGAACUACCCGGCAGGUGUCCCGACGCGGCCGUCGUCGAGUGAACUUCGCAUUUCUGGCAGUUUUUUAUAUUGUAGAAAACGAGCGUUUUAACGAAUCGGCAUCGAGAAACGAGCGCGCGAAAGAUAUCACGCGACGCGAUGAUCGGUUUCGGCCGUUCGCGGGAUUAUUAUUAUUAAAAACAAUGUGAUAUUGAUAUAUAGGCGCCCGGGGCUCGCUCGCCUGCCGCCGGCGCCGGGCCGCUCGGUCGUCGCUCGCGCCACACUUUAAUUUUUCCCGAUAGGCCUCGUUAGCGCUAGAUGUUGUAAGAUAAUGUAGAUAAGCCCGUUAUAUUUGAUGACAUCACAGUGGAGCGACGCGACCGGGCCGCCCGCGGCGCGUGACGAGUCUGUGACGAGUCGGACCCGCACGCUCCGCCACGAAAACCGCCCCGAUGGGGGGAGGAAGCGAUCUAUAAAGCUGAGCCAGUGCCUUUCUUAUUAUUUGUCAUAUACACGAUUGCUGUAGGAGCUGACGCAGUAAAUUUGGCAGCUCAAAAACCAACGACUGACGCGUUUUGAACUGGCAAAUUUGGACACGUCGCUUCCGUGAUGGAAUGUAAAGAGUUGACUGUCCGGUGAAUGAACGUUUUUAUAAUACUGUAGAUUCGACAUCACAUGAAGAGGAAGUGGAACCUGAUUGGAAUUGCGCUUUCUCUCCUCAUCCGUUUCGGCGAGUGCGUGGUGUGCGGCCACGACGAUGACUCGAAUAUGGAAGCCGCGUGUCCCGCGGGCAGGCGGGCCGGUCCCUGGACUUUUGUUUUAAUCUUGUGUAUAGUGAGCAAUUUGGAAUAGUUCGGAAUUAAUUUAAGUGCUAACUCACGCGUACAGCUGAUGUACCGACAGUUUUUAAAAAUGUUACAAUAAAAUUGUUUACCACAUCGUAAUAGACUGUAUUUAUUGAACUGCGUGGCGGUUGUAUGUGAUUAACUGACGUGUUUGCUAUACGAUCAACGCCCGUUUUUAUAUGACGCGAUUUUGUAUGAAGCUCGUACAGCAGUCGUAUUCGUGAUUUAGGCCUAAAUAUAAAUACCGUAGGAUCUCCAGUGUGAUUUCAUUAGAUGCGCUAAGGCGGCGCGCUCUCUCACUCCGCUCCGUGGAACGUCAUCGAGUCGUGUAUAUUAUACAUUUAGUGCAUUUAAAUUGAACAAAAGCUUAAAUCGUAGCGUACGUGAAUCACUGCCACGCUUCUUGUAAUAUAUUUCGGUGAUUAGACUUACGAUAUUUAAAUUGUACUUAUUUAUUUUGUGAUAAAUUAUUAGCGCCAAGGCAGGGGCGGGUGAGAGAGCAGCCGGACUCGUCGAGAGCAAUACAACUUACUGCCAGACAGUACUCGUACAAUGGUACGGCAAUAAGCGGCCGGGGCCGUGGCCCGACGCGUCGCGUCGUGUCGCGCGGGGUCGCGUCGUGUCGCGCCGCGUCGCGUCGUGUCGCGCCGCGUCGCGUCGUGCGGUAGGUGAGCGGUCGAGCGCGCGAUCUCGUUUAUUCCGUGCGUUAUGUUGAUAGUUUUCACUUUUGUAAAAAGUUAUCGUGAAAGCAAGUAUGUGGUAAAUAAUAAUUUAAAAAAUUAUCUGUACAGUUCUAUUUGUAUAGAAAUAAUAAAUAA